ACCAAAAAACAUAUUGCUAGCUGACCCUAAAUUCUAUGAGCCAGCUCCUAUAGAUCUAUUGAUAGGGGCUGAUUUAUUCUGGGACAUCAUAACGAGCGAACAACGAUCUCUUGGUCCCCAAAAUCCAAAAUUAAUAAGUUCUCAUUUGGGCUGGAUAAUUACCGGUUCCUUUAAUACACAAUUGGUCAGCAAAAACAUUCAUUGUAAUCAUGCAUUAACUACAACUUCAUUCACUAUGGAAAACAAAAUAGAAAAUACAUAUAAACGAGCUACAAAACAUUUACAUUAUUUAAAAAAAGGGUUUAGAAACAAUCCAUAAAUUCUAAGGCCGUAACUAUGGUCACCCUACUACGCACUAUAAUCUAAUUAAUUCAAGUCUAUGGUGGCACGGCCCUAAUUACCUUAAAGAGUGUGAAUUAAACUGGCCUAGCUUGAAAUCAAACGAGAUAGGUACGUUACCUGAAACUAAAGUACACACAACAAUAAUUAAAGAACCUUUUAUUAAUUUUGAUAAAUAUUCAUCACUAAAUAGACUGCAACGAUCUUUUGCCUACGUGUUAAGGUUCACAUUUAACCUUAAGAAUAUUAAAAAUAAACGUACCGGACUACUGUCCGUCGAGGAACUUCGUGACUCAUUCCAUGCAUUGUGCGUUAUCGCGCAGCGUGAGUCAUUCCCAGUUGAAUACGAGUUGUUAUUAAAAUGUAAAUCGCUUCCCAAUAAGAGUAAAAUUUUGUCACUUUCGCCAUUUUUUGAUAAUGAUAAUUUAAUUAGAGUUGGCGGGCGCAUAGAUGCAUCUGCCUGUGCCUACGAAAAACGGCAUCCAAUAUUAUUACACGCAAAUCAUAAAUUAACUAAAUUGUAUUUUGAAAGAGAGCACGUAAGUGGUUUACACGCGGGCCCGCAGUUGUUGUUAGCAAAUAUAAGAGAAACAGUCUGGCCAGUCAAUGGACGUUAUCUAGCACGACGCACCGUAAAUAACUGCGUCAUCUGCAGGCGUCUGCGUGGCAAAACAUUAUGUCCGAAGAUGGGCAACUUACCUAGCCAGCGCAUAAAUCCAGACUAUCCAUUUUUGUCGGUUGGCUUAGACUUUGCUGGACCGUUUUUGAUUCUCAAUCGCCGGGGCCGCGGAAGUCGCUUAAUCAAAUGUUAUUUAUGUCUUUUUGUAUGCAUGCGGUACAAAUGUAUUCAUCUCGAGGCCGUGAGCGAUUUGACAAAGGAUGCGUUUGUUAUGACCCUUCGACGUUUUAUUUCCCGCAGAGGCAAGCCAACGGAAAUAUUUUGCGAUAACGGUCGCAACUUUGUGGCGGCGGCUAAGGAUAUAGGAACUUUUCUAAAACAAAACCAAGAACCUAUAGGUGAUUUUGCAAGUCAACAAGGCAUCACAUUUAAAUUCAUACCUACUUACGCUCCUCAUUUCGGUGGUAUUUGGGAAGCUGGGGUAAAAUCGGCAAAACACCACUUAAAGCGUGUCAUGGGAAAUUCUAAUUUAACUUUUGAAGAAAUUACUACUUUAUUUGCACAAGUGGAGGCACUUCUCAAUAGCCGUCCCUUGUGUCCCAUGUCCUCCUGUCCUAACGACCUCCUCUCCUUAUCCCCAGGGCACUUCAUCAUCGGCAGGCCGCUGACUGCACUACCCACGCCACCUAUUGAAGACCACCACAAUGACCAUCCACGGAACCGCUAUCUACGGCUAGAAAGCAUAAGGCAGCACUUCUGGCGGAGGUGGAACAAGGAGUAUCUGUCAGAGCUACAACAGAGGACUAAAUGGCGUAGCAAUACAGCCCAGCUCAAUAUUGGAGAUAUGGUACUCCUUGCUGAAGACCACGCGCCGCCCUUGAACUGGCGCCUGGGACGCGUGUUGCGGCUCUUCCCGGGACCCGACGGCAUCUCGAGAGUGGCGGAUGUCAACACGACCCGUGGCUGCGUGCGGCGGCCCCUAACUCGCCUCUGUCCACUCCCUACGACUGAAGAUCUUCAAGGUUGAAAGUGAUCUUUCAACGGCCGGGAGGAUGUUUCGGCGCGUAACGCCUACGCAAACUUUUACCACAAUUCUUCCUCCGUGUAACAUCAACUGUAGAUUAGUAUAAGUAGUUUGCAUAGUUCAUAUUAAAACCAACUGUCAGUCUCAUUCCGCUACCGACCUUUGCAAUGUAAAGAGCCAUUUUUGUAUUAUAAACUAUCUUGAAGAA